AUGUGCAGCAAAGAUGCAGAGAUCAUCGCACGCUACAAGAAGAAAAAAAUAACGUUCUCCACCCUGGUGAACGUCUACGGCAGUCAGGAUCUAUUCGUGAACGAGUACCGCACCUUGCUGGCCGACAGAUUGUUAUCGCAACUGAACUAUCACACUGAACGGGAGAUACGUCACUUGGAAUUGCUAAAGAGACGCUUCGGGGAGAAUCAGUUGCACUACUGCGAGGUCAUGCUGAAGGACGUUUACGACUCGAAGAGGAUAGACGGCAACAUCCACUCCGACACCAGUUAUAAUUUGCAGAGGGAGCUCUUCCCUACUUCCGCUCUUAUCCUGUCGGCGCAAUUUUGGCCGCCGUUCAAGGAGGACUGGCAAUUGAAGCUACCGAGCGUCGUGCAGAAUCAGUUGAACAAGUAUGUGAAGGCGUUCGAGGCCUUGAAGGGAAACAGGACGCUCUGCUGGAAACCUCACUUGGGAAAUGUGAGCCUGGAAAUCGAAUUGAAGGAUAGAAAGCUGGACAUACGUGUUACGCCGAUACACGCGACAAUUAUCCUGCACUUUCAGGAUAAAAAUGAAUGGGCUUUGCAAGACUUGGCGGAAGUGAUGCACGCUCCGGCGACCGUUUUACGACGUAAGAUGACGUUUUGGGUGUCGCAGGGUCUUCUGAGGGAAACUACCAAUGAUGUUUAUAUCUUGCAAGAGGAGAGUACGUCCAAGAAUCGUUUGUCAACGGACCUCGUCGAGGAGGAGGAGACCGAAAGCGUCAUGGCCUCGGCCAGCGACCAGAGGGAGGAGGAACUGCAAGUUUUUUGGUCGUACAUCGUCGGAAUGUUGACGAAUCUAGAUUCGAUGCCGAUCGAAAGGAUUCAUCAGAUGCUGAAGAUGUUUGCGUCUCAAGGACCGGGCGCCGUCGAAUGCGGUUUACCGGAACUGAGGCAAUUUCUGGACAGGAAAGUCAGGGAACAUCAAUUAUUGCUAUCCGGUAGUUUCUAUCGAUUGCCGAAGUCAUAAGUUUUUUUAUUGUUUUAC